ACCCAGGAGCCAGACUCUGAUGAGACUCAGGCCAAUGAUGUAGUGUCUGCUGAGACUGUGUCUGCAGAGACUCAGACCCCAGACUCUGAUGAGACUCAGGCCAAUGAUGUAGUGUCUGCUGAGACUGUGUCUGCAGAGACUCAGACCCCAGACUCUGAUGAGACACAGACCCAGGAGCCAGACUCUGAUGAGACUCAGACCCAGGAGCCAGACUCUGAUGAGACUCAGGACAAUGAUGUAGUGUCUGCUGUCUGCUGAGACUGUGUCUGCAGAGACUCAGACCCCAGAAUCUGCUGAGAGACAGACCGAGGAGCCAGACUCUGAUGAGACUCAGACCAAGGAGCCAGACUCUGAUGAGACUCAGGCCAAUGAUGUAGUGUCUGCUGAGACUGUGUCUGCAGAGACUCAGACCCCAGACUCUGAUGAGACACAGACCGAGGAGCCAUACUCUGAUGAGAAUCAGACCAAGGAGCCAGACUGAUGAGACUCAGACCAAGGAGCCAGACUGAUGAGACUCAGACCAAGGAGCCAGACUCUGAUGAGACUCAGGCCAAGGAGCCAGACUGAUGAGACUCAGACCAAGGAGCCAGACUCUGAUGAGACUCAGACCAAGGAGCCAGACUGAUGAGACUCAGACCAAGGAGCCAGACUGAUGAGACUCAGACCAAGGAGCCAGACUCUGAUGAGACUCAGACCAAGGAGCCAGACUCUGAUGAGACUCAGACCAAGGAGGUAGUGUCUGCUGUACCCAAGCCCCAGUCUACAACUGAACCAUCGUUCCAACAACCUAUUGGUGAAACAUGUGAAAUGUCUCACAAUGUGCCUGAAUGUAGAGUUGACCAUGCAAUUGUAUUAGAUGCGCCUGGGUAUCAAGAUAGGGCUGAUGAAGUUGUCUCUGCGACAGAGCACGUAAACAGGGCCGGAUGUGCUACCUCAAAGGAGCUUCAGACUGCCGUGGAUAGCAUCACAGCCAUGUCUGGGUGUGAUACAUCAGAGGAGGUUACUGCUGCCCUGGAUAGCAUGACAUGUGUCACGGGUACCGAGAGAGCUCCGGAUGAUAUGCUAACCGAUGUGGAAUAUGCAAACGCCUUUCAAGAGAGUGAAGUGUCCCAAGCAUCCGAGCCACAUUUCAGUAGGCCACAGUGGAACGUUGACUCUUGUCCAGGUUCAAUAUUUUCUGCUUCAACCGAUCCCCUUCCCACUAUGAAACCACCUUCAAGCGCCAUCUCUAAUGUGGUAACCCAGCCUACAGAUGUGGAACUCAGCACCUUCAACGCCUGUAUUGGUGACAUGGCCCCUCUCGGGUACCCAGAAAACUCCAUGGCUGCUCUUGAGAGGGUCUGUGGUGAAUAUGUCUUUCAACAACAACAGCCGGCACAGCCUCUAGAGCCCCAGCAGGUUGAGGUGCAUCUGGAAACGUUUCAUCAAGUGCCGCAGCAGGAGGCCCGGGUCCUACAUCCCCAACAACCAGCAUCUCAAGUGCCUGAAACUCCACAGCAGACUGUUGAUAUACGAGGGUUCAACGUGUGCAAACCCAAGCCAGUGACAUCUUUACAGUCGCAAAGGACAUUGUUCCCCACACCACCACAAUCCGAAGCAGCUGUCACCUAUGAAGAAUCCGUGCCUGGUCCCAGCCGAUAUAACCUGUACAGCGACGGGGCUACCGUGUCGUCCAUUGCGAUGAUAAUCCCUGUGAUGAAACAGUUGAUUAUAUGCGCCACGUGUAAAAAGAAGUUCAACAGAGCGGUCAUAUGUAACACCUACUUGAUUCAGCUGAACAGGCCCAUACAAUGUGCUUGUGGCUGUGUAUUAUGCACACUGUGUUACAGUCAACAACGUGGUUGUAGCCUACACAAUAUAUCUUACUGUCUACAAUCAACGUCCAGGAACUUUUCUGUGAGGAUCAAACAAAGGCGUAAAGUUUCUGUCUACAAGAGUGCUGUGGAUAAAGCCUUACAAAGUGAAACGGGAAACCUGGACCUUUUCCUCCGCUUCCUUCUGGGCCUCUCACUGGAGUCCAAUCAGAAGCACUUACAAGGUCUACUGACAAAGACAAGAAGCAGCUCAAAGACCCAUGAAGAAACAGUCAAGUACAUCAAGGAGAAGAUCAGGGAGAAUCCCUCUCCAGAGAGGAGUAUCAAUCUGUUUCACUGUCUGAAUGAACUGAAUGACCAUUCUCUAGUGGAGGAGAUCCAAAGCUUCCUGAGCUCAGGAAGUCUCUCAAAACCCAACCUGUCACCUGCACAGUGGUCAGCUCUGGUCUUUGUGUUGCUGACUUCAGAAAAGGAGCUGGAUGUGUUUGACCUGAAGAAAUACUCCAGAUCAGAGGAAGGUCUUCUGAGGCUGCUGCCAGUGGUCAAAGCCUCCAGAGCUGUUCUGUGAGUAAAUAAAAUGACAUUUAAGAACUAAUCAUCAGGAAGAAAUAU